UUGAGGCAAGAGAAAGCUUUUACAAUCCUCGUUUGAAGGUGCAGUAGUGAGAAUGGGUCGAGGUGUUUGCAGUGGAAGGGGGCAAAGCUCUUUGGGAUACCUAUUUGGAGGAGAAGCCUCAGUGCCCACAAAAGAUAUCCCUCAAAACAAUGAAAGUGUCCCUCGAAACAAUGAAAAUGACAAUAAGCAGCCAAUUUCUAAUAACUACCAUCGAGCUGACGGUCAGAAUGUUGGGAAUUUCAUUACUGGGAGACCUUCGACAAAAGUGCAGAGUGUACCAGGUGGAGGGUCUUCUCUUGGUUAUCUCUUUGGAGGACAGAAAUGAGAAGGCAACAAAUUAAUGAUGUUCUUCAUCUCAUGGCUUCGUUAUACAGAUAUAGUUAGCUAUUACCUCUGUAAAUGUGGGCUGUUCAUCUGUAUGUAAAAUAAAGGUUUUCCCUUCUAGUGUAUAGCUCUAAGCAUGCAAAUAUUCAUGCUCUCAAUCUCCUCACAGGUUUAUUGUAUGAUUGCUAAUUACUUAAUAGAAUAUGCAUUUUAAACCA